UUCCUCUUUAAGGCGGAACCGGCCGUCGAUCUCGCGAGAUCCGGGUUGGCGCCGUGACCUCCAUGUGGGAGCUAGAGCUCUCUAUAAGUAAACACUCCGCGCGGCGCAGACAAGGCUUCUUCCUAUUUGUGAGGCGGUGGUUGCGGUAGUGGCGUACCCUGCGACUGGUUCCGGUUUCCUUUCCUUCUUGGCUCCGCUGGGCGGGCGUGAGGUCUAGCAGUCGCCGCCGCCAGUGGGGCCCAGCGUCUGGUCGGUUUCCUUCGUUUGUGCGCGCGCUCGCCCGCCACCCGCAGAGAGCCGGAGCCUCUGGGGAAGUCGCACGGGCCGGGCGGGGCGCGGCGUCCGAAGAGCGGGGGGAGACAAAGCCCGGCCAGCCCCCUUUCCCGGAGCCAAGAUGUGGAUCCAGGUUCGCACCAUCGACGGCUCCCAGACGCGCACCAUUGAGGACGUGUCUCGCAAAGCCACAAUUGAGGAGCUGCGCGAACGGGUGUGGGCGCUCUUCGACGUGCGGCCCGAGUGCCAGCGCCUGUUCUACCGGGGCAAGCAGUUGGAAAAUGGAUAUACUUUAUUUGACUAUGAUGUUGGACUGAAUGACAUAAUUCAGCUACUAGUUCGCCCAGACCCUGAUCUUCCUAGCACAUCUAAACAGACUGAUGUACAGGCCAAACCCUGUUCUAAUAGCCCACCUAAAGUAAAGAAAACCCCAAGGGUGGGACUUUCUGGUCAGCCGUCUACAUCAACUUGUGAUUUUCUUAUUGAUCCUGGCAUUGGGCUAUAUAAGGUAAAUGAAUUGGUGGAUGCCAGAGAUGUCGGCCUUGGUGCUUGGUUUGAAGCCCGUAUACGUAGUGUUACUAGAGCUUCUGAUGGACAUUCACGUGGCAAAACUCCACUGAAGAAUGGCAGUUCUUGUAAAAGGACUAAUGGAAAUGUAAAUCAUAAUUCCAAAGAGAACACAAAUAAAUUGGACAGUGUGCCCUCUACGUCUAAUUCAGACUCUGUUGCUGCUGAUGAAGACGUUAUUUAUCAUAUCGAGUAUGAUGAAUAUCCAGAAAGUGGUACUGUAGAAAUAAAUGUCAAGGAUCUUCGACCACGAGCUAGAACCAAUUUGAAAUGGAAUGAACUAAAUAUUGGUGAUGUGGUAAUGGUUAAUUACUCUGUAGAAAAUCCUAGUAACAGAGGAUUUUGGUUUGAUGCAGAAAUUACUGCACUGAAGACCAUCUCAAGAACCAAAAAAGAACUUCGUGUGAAUAUUAUCUUAGGGGGUUCUGAAGGAAAAUUAAAUGACUGCCAGAUAAGAUUCGUAAAUGAAAUCUUUAAGAUCGAGAAACCUGGAGCACAUCCCCUCUCACUGGCAGAUGGAAAGUUUUUAAGGAAAAAUGAUCCUGAGUGUGAUAUUUGUGGUGGAGAUCCAAGUAAGAAGUGCCGUUCUUGCUCCUGUCAUAUAUGUGGUGGGAAACAGGAACCCAACAUGCAGCUUCUAUGUGAUGAAUGUAACAUGGCCUAUCAUAUUUACUGCCUGAAUCCACCUUUGGAUAAGGUCCCUGAAGAGGAAUACUGGUAUUGUCCUUCCUGUAAAACUGAUUCCAGUGAAGUUGUAAAGGCUGGUGAAAGACUCAAGAUGAGUAAAAAGAAAGCAAAGAUGCCAUCAGCUAGUACUGAAAGCCGGAGAGACUGGGGCAGGGGGAUGGCCUGUGUUGGUCGCACUAGAGAAUGUACUAUUGUUCCUUCUAAUCAUUAUGGACCUAUUCCUGGGAUUCCUGUUGGAUCAACAUGGAGAUUUAGAGUUCAGGUGAGCGAAGCGGGUGUCCAUAGGCCCCAUGUUGGUGGAAUUCAUGGUCGAAGUAAUGAUGGGGCUUAUUCUCUUGUCCUUGCUGGUGGAUUUGCGGAUGAAGUAGACCGAGGUGAUGAAUUCACAUACACUGGGAGUGGUGGUAAAAAUCUUGCUGGUAAUAAAAGAAUUGGUGCACCAUCAGCUGAUCAAACAUUAACAAACAUGAACAGGGCAUUGGCCCUAAACUGUGAUGCUCCAUUGGAUGAUAAAAUUGGAGCAGAGUCUCGGAAUUGGAGAGCUGGUAAGCCAGUCAGAGUGAUACGCAGUUUUAAAGGGAGGAAGAUCAGCAAAUAUGCUCCUGAAGAAGGCAACAGAUAUGAUGGCAUUUAUAAGGUGGUGAAAUACUGGCCAGAGAUUUCAUCAAGCCAUGGAUUCUUGGUUUGGCGCUACCUUUUAAGAAGAGAUGAUGUUGAACCUGCUCCUUGGACCUCAGAAGGAAUAGAACGGUCAAGGAGACUAUGUCUACGUUUACAGUAUCCAGUAGGUUACCCUUCAGAUAAGGAGGGGAAGAAGACUAAAGGACAGUCAAAGAAGCAGGCUAGUGGAGCUUCAAAAAGGCCAACUACAGAUGAUGAUUGUCCAAGUGCCUCCAAAGUGUUAAAAACAUCAGAUUCAGCAGAAGCAGUUGAGGCUUUCCAACUAACCCCUCAACAACAACAUCUAAUCAGAGAAGAUCACCAAAACCAGAAGCUAUGGGAUGAAGUGCUUGCAUCUCUUGUGGAAGGUCCAAAUUUUCUGAAAAAAUUGGAACAAUCUUUUAUGUGUGUCUGCUGCCAGGAGCUAGUUUACCAGCCUGUGACAACAGAUUGCCUCCAUAAUGUCUGUAAAGAUUGCUUACAGCGCUCCUUUAAGGCUCAAGUUUUCUCCUGCCCUGCUUGCCGGCAUGAUCUUGGCCAGAAUUAUCUCAUGAUUCCCAAUGAGAUUCUGCAGACUCUACUUGACCUUUUCUUCCCUGGCUACAGCAAAGGACGAUGAUUUGUCUACUACUGUGUUGCUCUUGGUGGCUUUUUGGACAAUAAAGAAUCUAAAAUGGUUGGGGGGAGGGGGCGGGGAGGGUGGAAGCGCUAUGGUGGACCAUAUCUCUCACGUUCUGAAGCAGCUAAUCCUCUUUCCUACAUAGCCAUUAUCUUGUGUGUGUAGUGAGAGGCCCAUUUCUCAACUGUCUUUUAAAUAUCAAAAGGUAGUUCCUGUCAGUAACAACUAGUUUUAAAUCAGUAAAAAGUCAAAGCCUCAGCUCUAGUUGAUAUCCAAGUUAUGAUUUAUUUUGCAACUACCUCAGGACAGAAAAGACGUAUGGGGAUUUUUUAAAUCAUUGAGUAAUUAAAUGAAGUUUUAGCUACGCACUGCCUCCCAAAUAUUAGUUGUGCCUGGUUCAUGUAAUUUGAUUUUACAGAAAAGGAAAUGACACUCGAGAUCUUUGGAACGCAGCUUCUGUAUUGUGCAUAAUACAUUUUUAAUGUCUUCUUCCAUUACAAUGUGUUUUGCAAGGACAAGUUCAUUUUUUAGCCCAUUUUGUGAGCUCCAUUGUGCUUUUUUUCUGGUGUUUUAUGCAAGUUGACUACUAAUGACUAAUGAGAACAAUAUGAAUGCAUUGUUGCUGCAUUAGUGUAAUGUGGUGUGGUUUUGCACUUAAAAGAGGUAUUCAGAUGCUCUAGUUGUAAAUGUUCAUGAAAAGCCUCUUCUGUACUAGUCAAACUGCUUUUAGUGAGUCUCACCAGUGGUUUUACAUCUGCAGAGCAUUGAGGGCUGGGCUUGACUUUUGAGAGGACUGAAAUUGCUUCAUAUUGUGAUCCUAAAUUUUAUAUUCACUAUAUUCCCUAAAGUAUACAUUAAUAAAUAUUUUAUGACCAGAAAAAUAGCUCAUCUUACUUCACUUUUCUACAUUUGUCUGGCUUGUAAGUAUGUAUUUUUAAGAAGUAAUCACUUCCAGAAGUAAUCACUUCCAGAGUAUUUCAUUGUGCAUUUUAAAAUAGACAUUUUGUACAAUUCUCUAUUCUUGAUUUUUGGUAAUAAGAACUAGUAUGAACUAAGGACAGGUUUCACCUUAUGUUUGAUUUUUCUUUUUUAAUUUUACUAAAUUAGAAAAAUUUUCUAUAAUAACUUGUCUUAUGUUCAAUUUUAGCAUCAGUGCUACUUCUUAUUUCACAGACAUGAGAAUAUGCUAAAACAUUGUUCUGGUCUCUGAAAGUAUAUUGUUUUCAUCAGAGUAAAGUUUUAAUAUGAUUGAAUCAGUUUUUCUAUUCCUGAAUUCAGAGCCAUAUAUAAUGCCAAUAUUUAUUGAGUAUAUGUGUGUUUAUUUAAUCCUUCUGACAACCUUAGAGGCAGUCCUGUUAUCCCCAUCUUAUGGAUGAACCUCAGAGGUACAGAAAGGUUAAGAAACUUGCCAAAGUUCAGGGGCUUCUGGGUGGCUCAGUCAGUUAAACGUCUGACUUCAGCUCAGGUCAUGAUCUCACAGUUGGUGGGUUCAAGCCCCACGUUGGGCUCUGUGCUGACAGCUCGGAUCCCAAAGCCUACUUCUGAUCCUGUGUCUCCCUUUCUCUCUGCCAUUCCCCUGUUCACUCUCUGUCUGUCUCUCUCUCUCUGUCUCUCUCUGUCUCUCUCUUUCUCUCUCUCUCUCAAAAAUAAAUAAACAUUUAAAAAAAAAAAAAAGGGGGAACUUGCCAAAGUUCAUACCUCAGGGAAGUGGCACAGCUGUGCUAAAAACAGGCAAUGUAAGCCCAGGUGCUGGCAGUCUUUACUGUUGGGCUAUAAAGGAUCUCACAUCAAAAUCAAGUUCUGGGGAACACUUACAGCAUAGUGAUUGGAAUGGUUGUCACUUUGGGCUUGUUUUUAACAGACAUUGGAAUCAUUUUUAUUUUGAAGGAUCUAAUUAAAUAGAACCUUUUUAGAUUGAAAUGAAUCAUUAAAUUGCAUCAUCUAAUGUAUUCCCUUUGGCACUGGCCAUCUCUCUGCAUGAAGGGUGGGGAACAUCUCCCAGUUUCAGCUACGUGAACUGGAUUGUUCUGCUUUUAUUGGCAAAAUAAAUGAUUUCAAUAGUUAGGCUAUAUUUUGUCUUUUUUUUUAAUUUUAAUUUUCAUUUUUAACGUUUAUUCACUUCUGAGAGACAGAGCAUGAGUGGGGAAGGGGCAGAAAGAGAGAGAGACACAGAGUCUGAAGCAGGCCCCAGGCUCUGAACUGUCAGCACAGAGCCCGACGCGGGGCUUGAACUCAUGAACUGCGAGAUCAUGACCUGAGCCUAAGUCAGACACUCAACUGACUGAGCCACCCAGGCACCCCUACGCUAUGUUUUGUCUUAACUUUGCUAUAACAUUAUAGACUAGGAAAGAAAGCUGAUUCCAGCUUAACAUGUUCAGGAGUCCAGGACGGCCCCAAACUAAGCAAUUUUAUUUUGCUUUUAAACUUUUUUAAAAGACUUCGUUUGUUUUUACAUAAAUAUUUCAGUUUACUCUAAAAGAUACAGGAAAUAACCACAAUACCAUUGCCAUACAUGUAAAGAAAAAAAACGUUAUUAUCAAAUAUCUAGUAAAUAUUCAAAAUUCCAUUGUCUCAAAUGUCAUAUAUAGAUAUUUUAGGUUAGUUUGUUUGCAUCAGGAUCCAAAUGAGGACCUUACAUUGUUGUUAAUUGCUAUCACUUAAGUAUCUUUUAGUCUGUAUAUAUCCCCUCUAUCAAUUUUCCUUUACUUUUUGUGAUUUGUAUGUUUAAAUUAUUCUAGAGUCUGACAGAGUAAGAUAUUGCUGACAAUAACCAUGUGGUAUGGUUUAACCUGUUUCUCUUUUAUGUAAAUUGGUAGUUAGAAUUCAAGCAUGACCAGAUUUAGGUGUGAGGGGUUUUUUUGGCAAGAUUUCUUCAUAGGUGAUAUGGUUAUCCCUUCAGAUACUACAUAGUAUCUGGUUGUCUCAGGCUUAAAUUUGAAAGAGGAGCUUUUCACUGGAUUCUGGUACAUGUAGUAGGUUACAGUGAUUACUAUUAAGUACUCAGCCACUUUCAUAUGGGUAGAGUUUUUUUUCUUAAAUUUUCUUAGAUUAAGAAGGGCCUCUAGUUAUAGACUCAUUUCUAAAUAAUAUGGCUCACUCAACAAAUACAUGCAUCCAGGUAUGUUUAAGAAUGUUAGGUAAGGGCAUCUGGGUGGCUUAGUUAAGUGCUGAUCAGACUCUUAAUUGCAGCUCAGGUCAUGAUCUCAGUUUGUGAGAUUGAGCGCCAUGUUGGGCUCUAUGCAGACAACUCAGAGCCAUCAUGGGAUUCUCUCUCUCUCUCUCCCUCUCUUUCUCUGCCCUUCCCCUUCGCAAGCCCUCUCUCAAAAUAAACAAACAUUAAAAAAAAAAAAAAAAAGGGCACCUGGGUGGCUCAGUUAAGCAUCCGACUCUUGACUUUGGCUCAGGUCACGAUCUCGGUUUGCAAGUUGGAGCCCCACUUCAGGUUCUGUGCCAACAGCACAGAUCCUGCUUGGGAUUCUUUCUGUCCCUCCCCCAGUCACAUGCUCUCUUUCUCUCAAAUGAAAUAAACAUUGAAAAACAAAAUGAAACAAAAUAAUAUUAAGUAAGCUUUGGGGAGGUAGCAAUCUAAAACACCGUAAGCUCUCUCACAAACUUGUUAGGACAGUUUGGCUAACAGAAAAGGGCCCUGCCUGUAACUUAAAAGCUUUGGAUUUUAGUGUAGAGUCUACAUACAAAUUGGAUAGAGAUCUGUUCUGACUUGUCCACUGUGUGGCAUUUCUAUUUUUGCUUAUUAGGGAUCAAACCUUUCCCUAUUCUUCAGAGCACCCUGAAAAGAUAGAGCUCAUGACUACCUGAUUUGAGGGAACUGAGCUUGAUGGUCUACUCAUCACCAGCUUACGCUGGGAAGAGUGUUUUGUGCUUAACUGUUGUAUGCUGGCUGAUCCCCAUAUCAGACCUUUAAAUCCUUGAAGGAACUAAUUAUUUAGUAACCUGG